AUGAGCUUGGGUCUCAUGGUUGGUAGUUCAAUGGAACGCCUCCCCGUGGACCCCGCUCAAACCCGCUCGAGGGUGAGGCAGCAUUGGACCCGACAAAUGAACAUAGGUCUCAUCAAUGCUUACUAUGAAAUAACAGAAGGAGAAACAAAGACGAGGAAAUACGCUGACCAACUAGCAGAACGAUGGCGGAAUAUGUAUCCUGACAAAGUGCUCACAGGAAAACACCUCAUAGCGCAAAUCAGAAAUAUCAAGACGCGAAAACUGUUGGCACCGGACGAAUUAGAGGCUCUCAAGGCCGCGGCAAUUAGCCGAUCACCAGCGGCAAAUAUCCGUAAUAUCAGGAGAAGCUUGCUAAGAAGAAGUUCCAUAAGAGCACCACAACUCAGACCCGAAGAAAGCGAUGAGACAGAUCAAGUGGAGGAACUGAACAUACUGGAUGAAGUUACCGAUGAUACAUUCCAUCUGUUCCAAGAAAUCAGGCUCAAAUGGGAGGGCACAGCCUUUGAGGUUAGACCAAAAAUCUCUAGAGUGAAAAAUAACCCAGAAUCAAGGAACUUGAUACAGCUUCUCGAUGCUGCCUUGAAAGACACGAUCCAGGCAUCCGCGAAUCUAGAAGAACUAAGCCAUAUUGUCUACAGUGCGGCUAUCACAGCCAACACCAUCCAACAAACAACAUCGAAAAUACGACAACGAGGACAUGGCCAACAGGGUAAACCUCCUUGGGAGAGCAGACUGGAGGAGAAGAUCAAGAAAUUAAGGAAGGAAAUAGGAAGUUUGCAAGCAUUUCUGAACACCCAGAGACCAAGCAGAAAAUUAGAAAAGAAAGUGCAGGAAUAUGCCAAAAAAGCAGGACUGAAAAGAAAAGAAAUUGAUUACCGUGUAAAACUUCGAACUCGCUUGGAGAUGCUGAAACAAAAGAUAGCUGCACUGGGCAACAGAAUAAGGAGGUACCACAAGAGAACUCUGAGAUACCGGCAGAACAACCUCUUCUCCAACAACCAGAGGGAAUUCUACAGAGGACUCGUAAAGGAAAAGGCAGAAAAAACAGAUUCACCAACACCUGAAGAGAUGGCAGAGUACUGGUCCAAAGUGUGGUCUCAGAGUACCAGUCACAACGAAAAUGCCGUCUGGAUCAAGACCGAGGAGGAAGAACAACGAGAUCCUCGGGAAAUGGAUGCAGUGAACAUCACAGAAGAGCACAUACGGAUCACAGUCAAGAGGAUGAAAAACUGGACUGCCCCGGGAGUCGAUGGCAUCCACAACUACUGGUGGAAAGCACUGAAAUCAACCCACCUAGUAUUAGCACGGCUUAUCAAGGGAGCACUCGAACAACCACACAUCAUUCCAACAUACCUCACACAAGGCAUCACCUACAUGAUACCCAAGAAAGGAGAUCUAAAGAAGCCAGAAAACUACCGCCCUAUAACGAGCUUGCCAUCGCUCUAUAAGAUAAUGACUUCCACCGUGUCCCAUCAGAUUGACACUCACCUCAAGAGAAAUAACAUUAUGACGUGGGAACAGAACGGAUGCAAGAACAACGGUAAAGGAAGCAAAGAACUUUUGAUAGUCGAUAGGACGAUCACAAGACAGGCAAAAACACGAAAGAAGAACAUCUCGAUGGCCUGGAUUAACUAUCAGAAAGCAUACGAUUCUGUACCCCAUUCAUGGCUGAUAAAAAUCCUGAAAAUAUACAAGGUAAAUGAACAGAUCAUCCGCCUUCUUCAGUUCCUCAUGUCCACCUGGAGAACAAAGAUAACAGUGGCUGGACACUCAACACCAGGCCACACCGUCAAAAUAAGGCGAGGCAUAUUCCAGGGAGAUGGCUUUAGCCCGCGAUGGUUCUGCCUUGCUCUUAAUAUCCUCAGCAAGCUCCUCAAUAGAUCAGCGUAUGGCUACUCCAUGAACGAAUCAGUAAAACUUAGUCACCUGUUUUACAUGGACGACAUAAAACUUUAUGCAAGAGGAAGGAAACAGCUUGAGGGAGAAAUAGAACUUGUCAGAAGGUUCAGUGAUGACAUAGGAAUGUCGUUAGGACUGGACAAAUGCGCCAUGGUGGAGGUUAAACGGGGAAAGAUGGUGACAGAAGGAAAUAAUAAUAAUAAUAACAGAUCUUUAUUUCAAAUCAUUCCCAACCUACAUACAGGAAAAAAACGAAACGAAAUAGUGUCACAAAAGUUGAGAGUCUACCCUACAAAAUCUCCCAGGGUAUAA